GAUCACAUGACUGACUCGUCUCUCUAAAUAAUAAUGAUUUUGAGUGAUAUUUAUCAACAAAAAUCUGUAUAACUAGUGAUACACACAAUAAUAACACAUCGAAACACACAAACAAUCGGACCAUUGAUUGUGUGAUAUGUUUGCAACGAUUCAUGUGUUGAAUAGUUUAAACAUUUGAUUGAAUACAUGAAUCAAUAGAUAGGACAACACGUGUAAUGCAAACAUCAAUCAGUGGUUACGAUAUAUGCGACAAAAUGACGGCUUUUGGUCGAUAAUAACAACAAUAACAAGACAUCCACUUGUGAUCGACAAUCCAUUGAUUUAUUAUUAUCAUUAUAUUAGCAUUUUUCCAGAAGUAAUCAAUUAAAUGCUCGAUAAGAGUCCCGUGAAUCGCGCGGACAACAAGAGUGGCCGUCAAUAUAUUGCCACAAUUGGAUCAGUCAUCGGGUGUGUGUUUUGUGAUCACAAACGACUGAAUUGAUAUAUCGGGAAGUGUUUGACAAGUGAUUUGUUUGAUUGAUUGUGUGUGCGAUCCCUUCAACCGAUGGCCUCCUCAUCGCAACAGCCGUCCUCUUCAGGCCACAGCUCGUCCUCACAUCAAUACGCGUCCCAUUCGGCUAACGCUGGCGGCCAUCAUUCGGGUCAUAGUUCCGAAGGUCAUCACUCGGGUCACUCGUCCCGAGAGUCGGUGUCAUCGUCGCGCGGGUCGCGACAUUCGUCCUCUUCAUUAUCGACUGGUAUUAUACGCAGUCCGACGGCUUGGUUUCAAAAGAAAGUUCACUUAAGGCCAGUACUGCGCGGAUGUCAUUUGGUGACCGACGAACUGACCAAACAAAUACCAGAAUUAAGUGAAUUCCAGUGCGGGAUCUGUCAUAUCCACAUAAUGCACACUUCGGCGAGUCUGGCCAUCAAUGAAAACUGGGAUCCCGACGUCAGAGAAGAUAUGGAAAUGUUUCUCUCAAGACUUAUUCCUGAAACUACUCCUUUUAGACAUUCCUGUGAAGGACCCGAUGAUAUGCCGGCGCACAUCAAAGCUUGUUUUUUGGGCUCAUCGUUGACGAUACCAGUUAGUGACGGCAAACUAAACUUAGGCACGUGGCAGGGCGUAUGGCUAUGCGAACAUCGUAACCGUGCCGGCAGUCGCAAAGUGACGGUCACUAUUACGGGUGCACUCAAGCCGGGAGCGUGAUAACAAUUGUCCAAUAAAUAAAUAUAUAUAUAUAAUACUUAUAUAUAUAUAAGUGAGAUCAUAUACAUUAUCGACAAACACACGACGAAUUUCUAGUUAAUCAGUUAAACAGCUUUUAUUCAACCAAACUAAUGAAAAACAGUGAAGUGAUUGUAGUUACCGGUAAUAUCAAAAUAUUUUUAAAAAUGGAAAAAUGACAUCAAAUCUGUUAUAAAUCAAAUUGUUUUUUUUUGUAAAAACUAAUCAUUUAUUGAUUAUUAUGUGAUUCCAACUCUAUUGUAAAGCGCCAACACCUCGGAUACACUGUUGGUCCUAAUCGUCAAUUCAUACUUGAAUAACAUAGUUUUAGAAACAAAAUAAUAUAUAUUAUUCAUUUGAUUA